UGUUCUGAAGUAUAAGGAAAACGGUACGCAACGGCUAUUUUCUUCUCUCUCACAAACCGGACCAGCUUUCUUUUCUUUUCUCUCUCAACUACCUUGGUUCAAUGCCUUCAAUGCCUUCAAUGCUGGUUGUUGCUCCGUCCAAGUCGUCUUCAAUGCUUUUCAGCUACCCACAAACCACAAAACCAUCAAAACAGAGAAGGAAAGGAACUCAGAAACCCAUUAGCCGAACCUCUCUAAACCACUCCCCCCUGUUCUUCCUUCACUUGAGUGAAUCUCCUCUCCACUGUGGACACCUUUGCCGCCGCUGUGGACACCGUUGCCGCCGCUGUGGGUCUCCGCAUUCACCGAAGGAAGUUCUAGGAAAAAUGGUUAAGGAGAAAUUGAAGGAUGGUGGUAGUACUGAUCAGAGAGCUGACUGGAAAGACCCUAAGGAACAACAAGCCUUUUGUCAAUUAUGUGCUGCUCAAGUCCUAGCCGGCCAGAGGAAAGGAGGGUUUCUAACCAAAGUUGGGGUUGACAACGUGAUUGAACAGUUGGGUAACAUGGGGAAAGUAGUGACUCCACUUCAAGUUAAGAACAAAUGGGAUCAUCUGAAAAAAGGGUGGAGGGAUUAUAACCAGUGUUUUGACAAUGAGACUGGGUUGGGUUAUGACCCGGGAACUGGGAUGCUUCAUGCCCCUGAUGAGUGGUGGACUCGAAAGAUUGCGGAAUGUCCCCUUGCAAAAACCUUUAAAAAUAAAGGUUUGCCGAAUCGUGACUUCAAAAACAUCAUGUAUGGAGGCACGGUUGCAACAGGAAAAAAUGCGUUUUGCACGAGCGGUCAAUUACCAAAGGAAACCACCGAAGGUUCUGGGGACUCUGCUGAUAGCACAGAAUUUGUUGACCCCCAAUGUGAACCGUUUGUGAAUGUUGACACAAUGGAGGUUGAAGGUCCAUCAUUGUCGAGGGUAGAACCAGCAGUGAGUAAGGGGAAAGGCUUGGCAACCAGUGUCCACCUUUUCAAGCCAAUGUACAAGAAAUCAAAAAAAAAGCCUUCAGUUGCGCAAGAGAUGUCCGAAUCUUUGAAGAGCAUCUCAAAUGUGAUUGUUCAGAGUAGAAGUGGAAGUACACAUAAGGAUAUUGCUUCCACAGCAACUACUCAAGUUAAAACCAUUUUGGACAUGGUGUUGAGUCUUCCAGGGGUGUACUCGGGGCAUUACCUUCAUCUGUUUAGCACCAUCUACUUCAUGGAAAAAGAGUGGGGUAGGCACAUGUUUCUUGCCCUUGGCGAUGACAAGAAUAUCAAACUGAAGUGGCUAGAAAAAGAGUACCAAAGGCACCCUGAAUUCCAUAUUGACUGAAGGAAAGAAAAUUGUCUCGAUAGGAACACGGGCUUGGUGUAGUAAUUGCAUUUUCAGCGUUGUACUUGUUGGACUAUUGUUUUUUUUUUUUUUUUUUUUAGGCGUAGAACUAAAGCUUACCAUGGCUGUGUAUGUAAGACAAAAUUUAUCAUUUCUAUGUCAACUUUUGGGUAUAUUUAUAUA